CCAGAUAAAGUUACAUCGGGGAAGCAAUAAUUAUCAGAGAAAAUCAGAUCGGAUUCUACGUUUAGAGAGAAAAAAAAAAUGGCGAUGCCCGGAGGUGUUAAGGAGGUUGAAGGAAGUGCCAACAGUGUGAAGAUCGAAAAUCUUGCUCGAUUCGCAGUCGCUGAGCACAACAAGAAGGAGAAUUCGGCUUUGGAAUAUAAGAAAGUGGUGAAUGCAAAGGAGCAGGUGGUUUCUGGAAUGAUGUAUUAUAUAACCUUGGAGGCAAUGGAUGGUGAUAAGAAGAAAGUCUACGAAGCUAAGGUCUGGGAGAAGCCUUGGUUGAAUUUCAAGGAGGUCCAGGAGUUCAAGCUUGUCGGUGAUGCUCCUCCUGCUGCAGCUUCCAGCACUCAGCUUAGCUAGGUGACUGAAGGUGAGAUGUUGCCGACUAUGCUUCAUCAAGUCAGGGGUUGAAGAUGUAUAGAACACAUCAGAACAUGAUGUUCGUGUUCUGGCUGAAAUAAAUGUACCUUUAGUCUUUUUAAUCUAUCUUAUAAUCGAGUACAACUAUUUUAAAUUUGUAUAUGAUGAUGCAUACUGAAAUAUUGUGUGAAGUAAUUUUCUCGUGUUGGAAAUUUCAAUUUUUAAGCAAUACUAUUGUAUCU